AUGGCCUUGCCUUCCACCUCCUUAGAAGAGCAAAAACGACGUGCUGAAACAAAAUCCGAAGCAGAAUCGUUGCUGCCACUCUUUCGAAUAACCCGCAUUCUCAAUCACGACCAGAAUGGGCGACGUAUUACUCUGCUUGGCAGCAUUAAAGAUCAGCCCGGCUUACUGACUUUUGAGCGCGCAGCGUUCGAAUCGGAUUCGGGCGCCGCAACACUUCUCCUCCAGUCUCUGAGUGACACGAUCAACCUUGGCGCCAACGAUAUCUACAGAUGGUAUAUGUCUAACACCCAAGCUACACCCGCUCGGCAUAGCUUGAAGAUCAAUCUUAUCUGGCCAUGUACGGACGCACACAUCAAGAAGUACACGGCUCAGCAACUACGGUACGUGAUUGAGACGCCCGAGGUGUAUGCACAGCAUAUCAGACCGUGGAUCGAGCGGACACAGCGUACGCCGAAGCGACUCGACUGGAUCUACAAUAUCCUCGAUGGCGUCACGGAACAAGAGGAUGUGGUUCAUCGUUCUUCAGACUUUGGCAUAUCUCUGUCUCACGACAAGCAAAAGAGCGAUAGUGAGGGUUUCUUACUCCUACCAGAUCUGAACUGGGAUCGACGCACAGCGACUGGCUUACACCUACUUGCCUUAGUCGAGAGACGUGACCUAUACUCCUUGAGAAGUCUGAAGCAAAAACACGUACCCUGGCUAAAACAUCUGCGAAAUGAAAUUGUCAAGGCUGCUAGCGGUGUUGCGUCGAAGCUAGCGGGAGAGCUGGUCGAUGAGGAUCAGAUCAAAUGCUACAUCCACUAUCAGCCCACCUACUACCAUUUUCAUGUCCAUGUUGUGCAUGUCAUGCUUGAAGCAAAUGGAACGACGCAAGCAGUUGGGAAAGCGUUCGCAUUGGAAAACAUCAUCAGCCAGUUGGAGAACAUGGCGAUUGGUGAGAGUGUAGGAAUGGACAAUGUCGACUUAGGAUAUUUUAUGGGCGAGGAAAGUCCUCUAUGGAAAAGUUGUUUCGGCAAAAUAAAGACGGGAGAGAAGGUGGAUUUGAAUGAUGAAUAA